GUAUAUUGCUUGAUUGUUCUACCCCCGUUCCCACUCUCCCUACACCCCCGUGUUCUGUGAUUACCGAGACUUCUCAAGUACCGCAUCAGUUCAGACUGAUGUCGACGGAACAGGACACCGGGGCACUGCCACGACGCAGUGCCAGAAUCGCAGUUCGUGCCCGCCCUGCAGUACCUCCAAGACCGAAGAAACUCAGCAGACGGACAACUCCAGCAGCAUCAAGUAUGGCAUUGACGGUACAAGACGCCAGAGGAGAUCAUCCCACAUACCCAGUCCGAGGAGCCAAUGAGCCUGCGGCUGAUUAUCGUGGGCGGCUACUGGCAUUUUCAGAAGCCGUAGCUGCCGUCGAGACCCGGAAGGAGAUAGCAGAGGCAGAACGUCAGCGGCUAGCCAAUGAAGCGGCAGCCGAAGCUCAGCGAACGACUGAGACUGACGCAGCGACACGAGACAGACGGAAUGCCAGCAGCACGGAGUCCUUGAUUGCUUGUGAGCAUUUGUGGACGACGGUACUCCAAGACAUGAUCUUUUCACAUCUGCGCGCGGACGUAACGCAGCGACAAACAUACAAGAAUGAUAUGACUACGUUAACCACUGCUAUCCGCACAGAGGCAAUGCAGCAGCAGCAACAGCAUCAACUGUUGAAUUCCACUGUCACACGCGUCAACAGCAUAGAGGCUAACGCCUCAGCAGCACCAGGCUGCACGACAGACGUGACGAAGCAACUCAACGAGCGCAUCGAUCACGUCGUCACCAUCAUCGGCGAUAUAAGUACGUUCACUGGACCAGACUCGAUCAGCAGCACGGUGGGCGUCAUCAAGACGGACCUCACCAAGCUACAGACGAGACCGGAAGCCGCUACAAAGACGUUCAAGAUGCCGCACUUCGACAUCAGCAAGUUCGACGACUACAACAAGUCGGACGCCUUGUCAUGGUGGCAACGUUUCCUCACGGAAGCAUCAUGCCGCAUGUUCACUCACUUCAUUCGACAAGACGAUGUCACCUUCUUUAUGGUGGACGUGACGGAUCUCUUACACUAUGAUCCACCCUGUCCCGACGCCGAGCUCAUCCCUCUGGAGCCAGAUCCUCCCUCUAUCUCCAUGGCUUCCAUCUCUACUUCCAUCCCUCCGCCGUCGGUCGAGUCCACCCCGCCGUCGCACGCUGACGCUGACGCUGAGGAACUUGCACGAUAUACGGCUGACUUCGAGCCUGCAGUUCAUGACCUCAUCCGAGAGUACCACGACGUUUUCCCAUCGUCCUUCUCGUAUGCCGGCAUCCCACCGAUGCGUUACGUCGAGCACUCCAUUCAGCUCGUGCCUGACUAUCGUGUUCACCACCAGGCACCCUAUAGACUCUCGAUCCCCGAGGCCACCGAACUCAAGCGUCAGCUUGAGGAGCUCCUGAGACUGGGUUUCAUUAAACCCAGCAACUCCCCGUGGGGUGCACCCGUCCUCUUUGCUCGCAAAGCGGAUGGAACUCUUCGUCUCUGCAUCGACUACCGCGGCCUCAACCGCUACACGGUUAAGAACAGCUACCCCAUACCUCGUUCCGAUGAGCUGUUCGACCGCCUAGCAGGCAACCGCUCCUUUACGAAGAUUGAUCUUCGUAGCGGUUACCAUCAGAUCCGCGUCGCUGCAGCCGACCAGCCGAAGACCGCGUUCCGAUCGCGAUUUGGCCACUACGAGUUCACGGUGAUGCCAUUCGGCCUCACCAACGCACCCGCUACCUUCCAGAGGACGAUGAACGACAUCUUCAGGGACAUCCUGGAACAGUACGUUAUCGUCUACCUCGACGAUAUCCUGGUCUAUAGUCGUACCCUUAAGGAGCACCUCAGACACCUCCACGACGUCCUUGACCGCUUGCGCAGACAUGGCUUCUACGCCAAGCUAAGCAAGUGCCACUUUGCCCAGCACAAAGUGGAUUUCUUAGGACACUACGUGUCUGACCAAGGUCUCCACAUGGACGACGCGAAGAUCACUGCUAUUGCGGAGUGGCUUGCUCCCACAUCCGCCAAGCAGCUUCGCAGCUUCCUAGGCCUGACCAGCUACUAUAGUAACUUCAUCCGGGGAUACGCUAGUGUCAAGUCUCGCUCAGGUGAUUGUCCGAUAGCCUUCUACUCCCAACAGCUCCUGCCCGCCGAGAUAAACUACACUGCUGAUGAACGUGAGGUUCUCGCAGUAGUUUAUGCCGCUCGGCACUGGCGUCACUACCUGCACGGGGCACCAUUCAUGGUGCGGACGGACAACUCUGUUGUCCAGGCUUUUCUGACAAAGCCGAAGCUCACUCCUCGACAAGCUCGCUGGUGGCGCGACCUAUCCGAGUUUAGUUUCACCACUGAGCACAUCAAGGAUGAGACUAAUCGGGUCGCAGAUGCACUAUCCCGGCGCCCUGACCACGACCAGGAGCACAUCCAGCUCUCUUCCAUCUCGGUCAACACCGUUCACCACUCGGUGAUCGACGAGUUUCGCACUCAGUAUCGUCACUGCCCCGACUAUCGGGACAUCCACGCGACCCUUCGGAGUGGCAAGACCGUCCCGAACUACUCUCUCAGGGACAACGGUCUUGUGUACUGGCAUGGUUCACAGGGCACUAGAGAGCCCCGUAUUUGUGUUCCCUCCACUAGACAGCUACGAGUCCGAGCAGUAGCAGAGUUCCAUGACCAGGCAGCUGCCGGUCAUAUGGGCUUCCACAAGACGUUGGCUCGUGUGAGCCGCCUGUACGUCUGGCCGAAGCGCAAGGACUUUGUGAAGGACUACGUCGCAGAGUGUCCCACCUGUCAGGAGGUGAACAGUGCGAACCACCUACCUUAUGGUUUGCUCCAGCCUCUUCCUAUCGCUGAGGGUCGUUGGCAGUCCAUCUCGAUGGACUUUAUCGGUCCUCUUCGACCUCCGACCCCCCGCGGUCAUGAUGCUAUCCUGGUCGUCGUCGACCGCUUCACGAAGCGUGCACGCUUUGUUCCGUGCCGCUAUGCCAUCAGUGCACGUGAGGUCGCCGACAUCGUAUUUGACUGAGUCGUGCGUGACCACGGCUUACCUCUGAGCAUCAUAUAUGACCGUGACCCGCGCUUUACCAGCCGA